CUACGCUUGUACCGUUCAACUGUCUAGUUCUAUCUGUUUUUGCCUCCACAGCAUCGUCAAUCGUCCACUCGAUCCCGGUUGCAUCCUUUUCCCUCAUCACCACUACACGCUGUUCCAUCCUUAGACACACCAGCAACCUCGCUUCUCGUCCUGAUUUUGUUUUUACUUUUGCUUUGCUUUCGCUUUUAAACAUUGCCACCAUGUCUGAAUCUGAUCUCAACCUCCCCACCAUCGUCCCCCUGCUCCAGACCAAGGCCACUAACUCUACCAAACCCAACGCAGACUCGCGCCAGCAAUCACCCUCCGUAGACCAGUCGGACUCUCCUAUAAUGCAACACCCUCACCUGGUUCCUUCGUCUCUCAAGGUCGAGACGGCCCUAUUAACAAAAGAGCUGGCAAAGUUUCGGGCCUGUGACCAGAAUACAUGCUUCUACUGCCGUGAGUGGGCCCAAUGGGUAUUCAAAAAGACAUUCGGCAAGGACAAGGAUAAGGACAAGACCAGCCCGGCCGCCGAUAAGAAAGGGGGACGUUCAGGUGGGUCAGUAGGACCAGGGUUCGGGAGUACAGGAUCUGGGUUCGAGACCAAACAGAAUCACAAAGAGUACGCCAUGGUGGUUUGCGAGCGCUUUUACCAACGAUCGACUGCGGACAGUGCGACGAAUGGAGGUCAGGGACAGCCUGCAGGAUCGACAGGCGCAGGAUCAGUGGCUGCCGCAGCCAUUGCAGCCAACAAAGCAGGAACAGGAACCUCUCCAGCACCCUCGUCCUCUGGAUCAGGCCACGAAGGCUUUGUGUCAGAGAUCGUCGACACUGUGCGCGAAUGGAUUCAACAACCCAGUGCUCUCUACACAUCUCCAGAAGUCUUCUCUCUCGUCGAUUUUGAGGCCCUGUACACCGCAUAUCCUCUCCAGAAUCAGGAGCAGAAUCAGCAGCAGGACGAUGUCACUCCGAUCCUUUCCACGAUCACGAUUGAGAAGGCGAACAUGAUUCUAGGGCACCAUGGAUAUCCUUUACUUAAGAGGGUAACAAAGGCGCAGCUUCAGAACCAGAUCAUGAACCCCACAUGUCAGCACACCAAGGGCCACUCUAAAACCCCUGCUGAUCUGGAGCUGGACAAGGAACUCUUCAACGAAGAACUCAAGCGAAUGAGAAUGCGAGACCAGGAAGGAUUGCGAAAGCAGAUUGGACCUGUCUGGAGGCACGUCGAAGAGGCAUUAGAGCGUAUGGAAGGUGCUGAAAAAGUUCGAUCCGGGAUCUUGGGACCAUCUCGCGCCAAAGAGUUUGCUCAGACCUACAAGGACCGUCUGGUGUCAUUUCAAGAGAUCUGGACAAACAUCGAGACAACGGUCAGGAAACCAACUUCUAAAAAGCGAGGAUCGACAUCUGAUAACAAUACGAUUGAUCCUGUCGAGGAGGUCGAUCAGGCAUUCCAGCAGUUUAUCGAUAAUCUCCAAUACAUUCAUAGGCAAUUGACAGCAGAUGUUCUCGAGUCUUCAGAGAGAUCUUUACGUGAGUUUAUCAAGGAGUUGGCUGCGGCUCAAACAAAGAUUCUCAAGCUGGCAUUGACGCGCAUACAGGAGGGCAAAGUAGGCGCGGCGAGGAUCGACAAGAUUUUGGAGGAAAGCCCCGAAAAGUGUCGCAAUGCACUGAAGAUGGUUGAGCAACUAAUUCCCAUUUUCGACACCAAGAUGGGGCAGUUCCGAGUCCUGGUCUUGAAUAAGCUCAAGGAGGUUGACGAGGAGGUUGAGGCGGUUGCUGCAGCGUACUUUCAGGACUCACAAAGGACCGUCCAAGGAAGGCUUGAGAAGGCCGCGAACAAGGAGUUUCGUAGGAGAAUUAAGAAACUGGAAUUUCUCUCGAUCGAGACACGCAAAUGGUUCUUCCAGUCUCGGCUUACGUUGUUCUCCAGUCUCGAUUUCGCUACGGUCUGCUUGAAUACCCUUGGAAUCUUGAUGGAGGAGGCCGAAGUCUUGGAGGCCGUCCAGCUUGGCUUACACGAUGAUCAUUUCCGUUCACGAGUGCUGAAAUCGCAGGAGGGAAGGAUGAAGCUGUCCCAGCAAUUUCGCGAAGGCGUCAAGACCGGUCGACGUGUUCUAGCUGUGAUGAUCUCGCGUCUGAUGAUGCGGGAGGGGGCGCGCGCUAUGGGCGAAAUGGCUGCCAUCCAGAAAGAGAAGAAAUUCCUCAAAUCGAUAGGUCAGGAUGUGAGCGGCAGCAAGUUCAGCACCAAGGGAUAUCUCGUUCCAAGUCGCGACGUUACACCGACUGCCAGCGCUCAUGUUUCAGAUGACGACGAUAUUGACGGGCAGACUGGUACUGCGACUGUGAGCAAGAACAAGAAGAAGAAGGACAAGAAAAAGAAGAAAGCUGCCGCAGUUGUUGCUGCUGCUCCCGAGCCCGAGACUGAGGAGACAAUCGAGGAGGUAGUUGCCGUGUCUCCCCACCCAUCGUUACACAAUGUCCGAGGACUUCUACCAAACCGUCCAGGGGAACCAUUGACAGCUAUAUCCUCUAAAGAGGCAAGGGAGCUGAAGAAGCAGGCCAAGAGAGAUGCGAAGCGUCAAGCUAAAGAGGCUGCUGAGGCUGAGGAGACCACGGCUGCUCAGGCGGCAGCCAAGAAAGCGGAAGAGGCUCGAAUCGCUAGGGAAUUGAGAGAGGCGCAAGCAGCGAUUGAAAGACAGGAGGCUAAGGAGUUGAAGGAUAAGAAGGAAGCAGAGCUGGCUCGACAAAGGAAAGCUGCUGAAGACGCUCUUGAGGCCGAGGCAGCUAGGACGAAGGCGGCCGCAUUGGAAGCCGAGGCUCGACGAAAGGCACAGGAGGCAGAGGAAGUCAAGGAAGCUCAGGAGCGGGAGAGAGCUCGAGGACUCAAGGAGAAACAGCAGGCGAAGGACGUUACUGUCCCAGUCGCAAAAGAGUCGACCGUAACAGCCCCAUCUACAGUGCCAAGUAGCACCAGCUCGACGACAUCUGAUACUACAGCGGCCGCUGCGCCACCUGCUUCGACCGUGACCGCUACCGAGACCAAGGUUCCGACAUGGGGACCGUCGGCUGCUACUCUCGCCAACCGUGCAGCACAGUCAGCCAGAGAGGCGGAUCGUACUCAACUUCCAUCCAAGAAGCGACACUCCGAGGAACGAGGCCUGAAGUUCACGGGAACGUUCGAUGCAGGGGAUACGAAGACUCGUCAUGCCAAUGGAGCCACAUCCCAGAAGAAGCGAAACGAUGCGGACCAAAUUAAUCAGAAGGAUCCUGUAUCGGACGUUGCUCAAAAUUUUGGCUGGAUUGCCAGCAAUGAAGGCGAUCCUGAGGACAGUGGAACUGAUAGCCUGGAGGAUCUCGCUAGACUCCCUACUCAGACGUUGGUUUCGUUGGUGCAUACUCUGCAGAUUGAGAACAAGUCGCUGUUGACAACAUUAGUGUCGAUGCAGCAGCAGGUCUCGUCGCUGACGGAGCGAUAUUCGACGUUGGCAUCGUUGGCCCGCGAGCACGAGCAGCAGGCGAUUCAGGCGAUGGAAAACCAAAAGCAGCGCGAGAUGGAAGAGGUUCAGCGAUAUGUGUGGAAGGUUGAAGAGAGAUGUCGCCAGCUGGAAAAGCAUGUCCUGGCAACACAUCAGCACCGUAUACAGAUGCAACAGAUGCAGCAUCAACAACAUCAACUCCAGCAUCAGCAGCAACAGCAACAGUCUCUUACCUCAGGGCCUCCAGGACUGGGAUCGAUGAGCAAUAUUUCGAUGCCGCCACCUGGAUUCAGCAACCUGCUUGGGAUUGGUCGUCAGCCGUCUGCACCGUCGUCUCCUUCGCUGGCGCAUCGCAGCUUGAAUGGGAUGGACUCUCCUUCGUCGUCCUCCAUUUCUACAACAGCAAGUUCAUCUUCGAUGGCGUAUCCGAGCAUGAUGUCGUCUGCGAACGGAUCGAUGGAAUCACUCAUGUCACCACAAGCAGGGCCCAUGAAUGUGUCGUUGUUAUCGUCUGUGCCAUCGUCGGUUGGUUCGGUGCCUCCAGGUUACGAGUCUGGGCCUAAGAAGACGCAUUGGCGCCAACGAGGCGAGGUUCGGUGCGGCAACUGUGCUCAAUUGGGACAUGCAAGCGCUGAGUGCCAGGCUGGAUGUCGGUACUGCGACCAGCCCGGACAUUUGAGCCAGGACUGCCCGGCAAUGGCUAACUCUCAUGUUUAAGUUGUAUUGUAGUUAUAUCACACAUACGAUCAAUGUAUAGUACGUUCCCUACAGAAUAAAGACACCAGC